AUGAUAGAAAAUCCACGAAAAAUGAAACUUUUCAAAGAUAGAAUAAAUCCCUUUACACAAUACACCGAUAAGGAAUUCAGAAGUAAAUAUCGGUUUUCUAAAGAUGGUGUAAGGUUUUUAGAAAAUUUAAUAGGUGAUUCACUUAUUGUGGACAAGCGAGGAGGCGGCUUAUCUUUGACUCUGCAGCUACCGACCGCUUUACGAUAUUGGGGUCGCAAUGAAAUUCAAGAUGAUGCAGCAGAUAUCCAUGGCUUAUCCCAGCAGUAUAUCACCAAUGUAUGUCGUUGUGUCGCAAGAGCGAUUUUGGAAAAAAGAUUUGAUUAUAUCAAAAUGCCUUCUCUUAAUGAAGAAUUAAUUUUAAUGCGACAGUUUGAACAAAUAGCCGGAUUUAAGAAAGUAAUUGGUACUAUAGACUGUACUCAUAUUAGAAUACCUAAAAUAAAAGGGCCGAGUGGACAAUACUAA